AUGUCUCGCGCGCUGCCUCAGCCACCGCUAUCGUCUCUCCCACUGUCGGCGCUGGUGGCGCAGGCGAGCUUUGCCGAGUCCCCGACCGACCGGACGCCCCGAGAAUGGUUCGAUAGGGCAAAGCACGAAGCUGACCUCGCCGUCCUGGCUGAGCGCAAGGGCAAGAAGGAGGAGGUCUUUGUGGCGUACUCGAGAUGCUGUACUGCCUAUGCGAAUGUCAAACUGCAUCCGGGCUUUAAGGAGGCCAAGAAGGGGGAUGCGCACUGGACGCAGCGGGUCAAGGACUUUCAAGAGACCUACGAUGCGUAUAUCGCCAAAGCAAAGGAGAUCAAGGAGGUCUUGAGGCAGAGGGAAGAAAAGGAUGGCCGUCCGACCCCAUCUCGCGCUCCUUCCACUGGCGGACCGGAAAUAGCGUCCAUGGGGAGUAUCGCCGAUCGCAUGAAGGCGCUAUCGGGGCGAGGGCUGGACGUCGGGCCCAAGAAGCCACCCGUAUCGAGUCGGAAUCGCGCAGCAUCCAGUGCGAGCUCGGCCAGUACAGGCGAAAAGCCACGCCCAAAAGGUCCGGCUGUCCAGCCAAAACUCCCCCCGCACAGCCUUCCAACCGUCACCGAUGGCCUCCCAUCCCCGCCUACCCAGGGCCGGUCCCGCUCCAACAGCAAAGCCGUCGAGGAAUCCCCUCCGGCCGUCCCGGUACCUGCCAAACAACCCCCACCUCCCGCGCCCAAACCAAACGGUCUCUCCCUGCAUAGCCCAUCCGCAUCGCAGUCCCUGCCCAAACCAAGCGAGGACGACUUUGAGAAGGCGUUCCCAUCUCUGGCGGACUUUGGCAAACAGUUUGAAGAGGACGAGAUACAGGAUCUCAAGCCCAAGGCGGAUGGGCUGGUGGGACCGUUCGAAAAGGUCGACGAGGUCAAGUUUCCGGAGGUCCCCUCGUUCAAUCUCCCUUCGGUACCGUCAUCGCUGCCCAGCUCGGAGCUGCCUCCGCCGCCGUCCCGACCGGAUCGCCUCCACCCAUCCCCACCUGAUGCUGGGCCGAAAGAUAUCAAUCGGCCCGCGUCAUCACCAGAAGUGUCCUCACUAUCGACAGAGCCGCCGCCCUCCCUCCGGCCAGGUCCACCUCCAGCCCAAACCGAGGACAAGUCCGUCCGCCCCCUUCCUCCCAAGCCAAAGUUCCCCCUCACCAACUCGAUUGUUCCUGAUCUCCUCCGCACCUACAUCAUCCACCCCAACGUCAAUCUGCUCAUACUGGAUAUCCGGCCAGAAGCAGAGUACAAGAAGGGGUACAUUGGCCAGGAGUACGAGCCAAAAGGGUACAUUACGGAUGUGGUCUGGAUCGAUCCAACGGUGUUGAUGCGGAAUGAUAUGAACUCGGUCAAGCUGGAAGACUCGCUCUCGCUCUCACCGGAACAUCAGCGCCGGGCAUUCGAAUAUAGGGACAAGGCCGACAUUGUCGUCGUGUACGACUCGACAUCCACGUCUUGGCCAAAAGGGUCGAGCCCGCUCUCGCGAGUCUGGGACAUCAUCUACGAGCACGAAUUUAGCAAAAAGCUGCAAAGGACGCCGGUCCUGCUCGUAGGUGGCCAGGAGCACUGGAGCGAGUACAUCCGGCGGCGCCAUGCCUCCUAUACGCCUGUAUCGGAGAACAAACCCAACGGAUCUCCAAGAAAAGCCAACCGGGAUGUGGGCGUCUACCAAUCCGCACCGUACACCAAGGCGCCCGAUACCUAUACCCACUCGGACUACUACUCGGGUCAGCCAUCCCGCUCCUACCUCCCUUCCGCAGCCACCUCUUCUCGCCACGCCCCUUCCAACUCAUUGUCUUACCCCUCCCCCGCUAUCGCGCCACCACCCCAAACUCACCCCGGACCCGGAACACGCCGGCGCUCCGACUAUGUCGAGCACUCCACCCAAGCGUAUUCUGGCUAUAAUCCCGCCGGUCUGACCACCUCGCCGAGACAACACGGACAUGGCCAGAUCGAUUAUCCUUCGCCGCAUUCCCUCAGUAUACCCAAGCCUCCACCACCGGCGCAGGGCCACGGUCUCGAACGGCAUGGCGUAGUUCGGAGUCAGAGUAUACGUGCGCUGGAUCUCAUGGCGAGGGAAGAAGGCGAGGUGCGAUACUGGAACGAUGUGGCGUUGGGGAUGACGGGGUUAAAGAAUCUUGGAAAUACCUGUUACAUGAACUCGACGCUGCAAUGUCUGAGCUCGACAUAUCCCUUUACCUCUUACUUCUUGGAUGGGAGCUUCAAAAAGGCAAUCAACUACACCAACCCGCUUGGAACAAAAGGGAACCUCGCUGGGGCGUUUGCCGAGCUGCUCAAAGCGCUAUGGGCGGAAGAGUACACCUUUCUGUCGCCAGUCACCUUUAGAAAAAACAUCAUCACCUUUGCCUCGCAAUUCUCUGGUACGGACCAGCACGACUCGCAAGAGUUCCUCUCGUUUGUCCUGGACGGCCUGCAUGAGGAUCUGAACCGGGUCAAGGUCAAGCCCGCGCCGGUGGAGAUGACACCUGAUCGCGAAUCACGGCUGGAGACGCUCCCGCCAGAGAUUGCUUCCGAGCAGGAAUGGGAGAUAUAUCGGCAGCGGAACGACAGCUUUAUCGUCGAUCUCUUCCAGGGGCAGUACCGGAACAGACUCGAGUGUUUGACAUGUCACAAGACCUCGACAACAUACGACACGUUCAUGUACAUGAGCCUACCCGUUCCCGCUGGAAAGAAGGCGGUGGUGAUCCAGGAACUGGUGGAUGAGUUUGUCAAGGCAGAAAUUAUGGAGAAGGAGGACGCCUGGCACUGCCCAAGAUGUAAAGUCCCCCGAACAGCCAGUAAAACCCUCACCAUCUCGCGCCUCCCCCCUGUCCUCCUCAUCCAGCUCAAACGAUUCUCCACCAAGAAUGGCGUCUUUUGGGAUAAGUCGGAAACGCCCGUCAUCUUUCCGGUCAAGUCGCUCGACUUGUCGAGAUACGUCCCGGUACGGCAUGCGACGGGACGGGAGGAUCUGGAUGAUCCGAGGACGCAAGUCGGGCCGUUCAGGUAUGACUUGUAUGGUGUCAGCAAUCAUAUGGGGACGUUGUCGAGUGGGCACUACACGGCAUUUGUCAAGAGUGCAAAGGGGUGGUAUUACUGCGAAGACAGCAAGAUCUCGCCGGCGCAGGAUAAGGAUGUUGUCACUAAACCGGCGUAUAUCUUAUUUUAUAAGCGAGUUCGCGCAUGA